CACGUCCGUUAGAAAGACUAGGCCACAGUCGCCCGCCUCUGACAACUAGCUUGGUUGAGUUAGCACUGUUAAGAAAACAAGAGGGCCCAAGGUUGGAUACAAAUAUUUAAUUUGGUGAGGGUCAAAAACGACCACAUCGCAAUUUUUUCAUACUUGUGCAGUGUGUUGAACAUAGCACCUACAGAAGAGAGAUCCUGUUUAUUUUAGAAAUUUAAAAAAUGGCGACUGUUUAGUACCAGAGAUUUGCUCUGUACCGACUCACCUGGCUAGUACUGCAGUAAGAGAUCAACUGCAAUCCAUUGCAUUUGUGGCCACCGUGCAGCUAAAAACAAAAUUAUUCAUGCUCGUGUAGUGUUUAGGUAAUAAUUUUUAUUUUCAAGUCUCAAAACUUCAGUGUGACCCUUGGCCCCUGUUAAAUAAAGAACAUUGUCAUAAAAAUCCAGAACCAGAAGGCUGACAUGGUUUUCACCUUCGGUUUUUAGUGUGAGUCGUUUGAAGAAGCUACCUCCAUACCACCACCCAGCUCUGACUUCCACCUUCUACAUCAAACAGACUCGAGACCCACCUUGACGUAGCCUAAGUAACUGGGAGAUGGUGUUUCCAAGGCAACAAGGUGAGUGUUCAAGUUCAACACCUGGUUCACACUCGGAGUGGAGAAGCUACGGUACAGUGUGCCAUUCCCCUGACCGUCUGACCCACAGAUAUGACCGUAGGAAGUGAGAGUCAACUCGGCAGUGAACGCAUGAAUGUGUGACUGCGUGUGAGGGAGACACAAGUGAACCACAGAACCACAGAGGCAGAGAGGCAGAGAGCUCUCCUCAACACAACACUCCAAUGAGCCCGCAGCCUUCACACGCGCGCACACAAACUCCUCACCCACAACACCAGCUCUCCAUUCAGCUGUCGGACACAGAGGAAGGAGCAGGAGAGGAGAGAAAGACAGACACGCAGCGAGAGGGAGAGUGAGGGUGAGGGAGUUAGAGAGGAGAGGAGAGGAGAGGAGAGGGAAUCACUUCGGCUGUUAGAGAGGACAGCAUGGCUUCAGAUUCGGGACUGGCUGCGAUGCUUCUGUGGACUAUAUCACUACAGGGUAUUGGCACGGCGCGAGGCAGCAGCAACGAAGUGAAUCUACUCGACACCACAACAAUCACAGGAGACUGGGGCUGGCAAACAUAUCCAUCACAUGGGUGGGAUGCCAUUAACGAGAUGGAUGAGUAUUUCACUUCCAUCCACACGUAUCAGGUGUGUAACGUGAUGAGUCCUAGCCAAAACAACUGGCUAAGGACGGGUUGGAUCCCUCGGGAGGGAGCCAGGAGGAUCUACAUCGAGGUCAAGUUCACCCUGAGAGACUGCAACAGCAUGCCGGGAGUACUGGGUACCUGCAAGGAAACAUUUAAUAUGUACUACUAUGAGUCUGACAGACCAGUGGGCUCCACGAUACGGGAGAACCAUUUCAUUAAGAUUGACACCAUUGCAGCGGAUGAGAGCUUCACAGGGGUGGACCUGGGAGUACGCCGGCUUAAACUCAACACCGAGAUACGUGGUGUGGGCCCGUUGAACAAGCGAGGUUUUUACCUGGCCUUCCAAGACAUCGGCGCCUGCAUCGCUCUCACUUCCAUCCGGGUGUACUACAAACGCUGCGUGGGCGUGAGCCGUAACCUGGCUGUGUUCACUGACGUGGUCACCGGUGCCGACUCUUCCUCACUAGUGGAGGUCAGAGGGCAGUGUGUGGACCAUGCUGAAGAAAGAGACACGCCCAAGAUGUACUGCAGCGCAGAGGGAGAGUGGCUGGUCCCUAUUGGGAGGUGUGUGUGCUCGGCUGGAUUUGAAGAGCACAGAGACUCGUGCGUGGCCUGUGAGGUUGGUUUCUAUAAGCCCAGUGCAGGUGAUGGUCUGUGUGGUAAAUGUCCCCAGCACAGCCACUCAGAAACCAGAGCCGCCCUUUCCUGCCCCUGUGACUCCAAUUACUACAGAACGGCAGAAGACACAGCAGCAGCUCCAUGCUCCCGCCCUCCAUCUGCUCCUGUAAAUGUCAUUUCCUCGGUCAAUGGGACAUCUGUGAACUUAGAAUGGGAUCGUCCUCUGGAUACUGGAGGUCGCAGUGACCUGCAGUACAGUGUUUUUUGUCAAAAAUGCUCUAGGGAAGGAGGGCCCUGUGAGGACUGCACAUCCUCCCCAGGAGCCACAAGUGGAGGAAAGGCUGGUGGAGCGGCGAGUAUUGGGGCAGGUGGAGGAGCAAUAGUGGAACGUUCAGGCACUGCAGCAGUUAAAUUUAUACCUCGACAGAGUGGGCUGACAGAGCCUUGGGUGACGGUGCUCAACCUAGUGGCCCACACCAACUACUCAUUCCGCAUCAUGGCAAUAAAUGCAGUGACGCACCUGAGCAAUGAAGUGUCACCAUAUGUUACAGUCAACAUCACAACUAAUCAGGCAGCUCCUUCUGAAGUGUUAGCUCUUCGCCAGGAAAACACCAGUCAGAACAGUGUGACUCUCCUAUGGCACGAACCCAACCAGCCUAACGGAGUCAUCCUGGAGUACGACGUCAAAUUCUAUGAAAAGGACAACGAAGAGCAGAAUUACUCCACUCUGAAAUCUAAAAAUACAAGUGCCCUGGUGUCUGGGCUGAAGCCGGGCACCAAGUACAUCUUUCAGGUCCGAGCCAGAACGUCAGCCGGCUGUGGACGCUUCAGCCAGAAUGUGGAGAUUCAGACGGGGAAAGCUGCUCCCCCGCGCCACAACACCAUGACCAUCGUCUGGAUCUGCAUGGCCCUCGUUUCUGGCUUGGUUGCUUUUCUGGUUAUCUUCAUCUGCAGGAAACGGCAAGGCUACACUUUACCACACUACCCAUCGCUGCUACACUGUGGCUACAGCAAAGCCUUCCAGGACUCGGACGAAGAAAAGAUGCAUUAUCAGAAUGGUCAUGUGUCCUUUCCUGACGGAAGGUUCUACAUUGACCCUCACACAUACGAAGACCCCUGCCAAGCAGUUCAUGAGUUUGCCAGAGAAAUUGAAGCUUCCAGGAUCAAAAUAGAGAAAAUUAUCGGUUCAGGGGAAUUCGGAGAGGUAUGUUAUGGGCGUAUGAGGCUCCCAGGAAAAAGAGACAUCCCCGUGGCUCUGAAGACUCUGAAGGCAGGAAACACGGAGAAACAGAAGAGGGACUUCCUGGCAGAGGCUUCCAUUAUGGCACAGUUUGACCACCCCAACGUCAUUCACCUGGAGGGAGUGGUGACGCAGAGUAAACCAGGGAUGAUCAUCACUGAGUACAUGGAGAACGGCUCUCUGGACUCUUUCCUUAGAAGACACGAUGGCCAGUUCACCAUCAUCCAGCUCGUAGGGUUGCUGCGUGGCAUUGCAGCUGGAAUGACCUACCUGUCUGACCUGGGCUACAUCCACAGAGACCUGGCAGCUCGCAACAUCCUGGUGAACAGCAACAUGGUGUGUAAGGUGUCAGACUUUGGCCUGUCCCGGGUGUUAGAGGAGGACCCUGAUGCUGCCUACACCACCAGUGGCGGAAAGAUCCCGAUCCGCUGGACCGCUCCAGAGGCAAUCGCCUACAGAAAGUUCUCCUCGUCAAGUGACGUGUGGAGCUACGGAGUGGUCAUGUGGGAGGUGAUGUCCUAUGGAGAGCGACCAUACUGGAACCUUACCAACAGAGAUGUGAUCAAAUCCGUGGAGGAGGGCUACAGGCUACCAGCUCCGAUGGGCUGCCCUGCUGCUCUACACACACUCAUGCUGGACUGCUGGCAAAAAGAUCGAAACGAGAGGCCGCGCUUUUGCCAGAUUGUCACCGUUCUCGACAAGCUUAUCCGCAACCCAGAGAACCUGAAGUCUAUUGACACACUCUGCAGUCUAAACAGUCCUCCACUGAUGGAGAGAGCUAUCCCUGACUUCAGCAGCUGCAACUCAGUGGACGAGUGGCUGGACACCAUAAAGAUGGGUCGCUACAAGGACCAUUUUGCAGCAGGAGGGUACCACACUCUGGGGCACAUCAUAAGCAUGAAUCAAGGGGACAUCCAUCGGCUUGGAGUGACUCUAAUGGGCCACCAAAAGAAGAUCAUGACCAGCGUCCAGCUGAUGAGAGUGCAGGUCCUCAACAAGAGCGUGCCGUCAGUUCACGUAUAAUUUUCAGCACUGAGGUUUUCCUCCUACAGU